UAUUUUGUUGCAAAGAACAUUUUAUCUUCUGAAACAAAUAUCUAAUUUUUUAGAACUAUCCUCUUACAGUGUUAUUGAGUAAAUCGGCGGAUGUUGUCUCAUUUUGACACUUGUUGAUAUCAAGAAGUAAGGUACACAUCUUUCUCAGGCUAGUUGAAUAUCCCAAUGUCAAGGCCAGACGACCGAGAUCCAAUCCUGCCCAAUGCUCCACCCCCAUACACCCAGCCACAAGAGAAUGUAGGGGCAGCCAUCCCAAAUGAACCCCCCCCCAAAUAUGAACCUCCGAAGGGGGAAUACCCAGCAACGUACCAGGGUGGAUACCCACCUCAGGGUGGAUACCCACCUCAAGGUGGAUACCCAGGACAGGCAGGUGGAUAUCAAACAUGUCCGCCAUCAGUCAUCAUGGUGACGACGACAUUUGGGCCCCACUCCCAGCAGAUGCAGUGCCCUCACUGCCUGGCUCACAUCAUGACCAACACGGACCACCAGGCUGGCGGGCUCACAUGGCUGGCUGCAGGACUCAUCUGUCUGUUUGGGUGCUGGCUGGGGUGCUGCCUUAUCCCCUUCUGUAUCAACGAUCUACAAGACGUUCAUCACACCUGUCCUAACUGUAAACGCUUGGUGGGGGUGUGUAAACGGCUAGACUGAGACCAACACAUGACCAUACAGGGAACUGAUGCACAUCACACUACAACAGUUGCAGUACAAUACAGGGUGACUGGUUAAUUCAUGAGGUAUUAUUGAUGCAAAGAGGUGUAAGGUUAGUAGGAAUGGCCCAGGUAUGUUCAUACAAGGAGGUUUAAGAGCUGUUUGUCUUUGAGAAUUCGGUUGACUAUUCGGAAACACUUGCUGUGAACAAUCAAAAAUGGCUAGAAAUGGGACAUUUCAGAACAUUUCAGAAUAGUUAACAGUCCUGCUAAAAGAUUGUGGAUGGAUGUUUUAAUAUAUGUAUUCUGCAUGGUCAUUAGCGGCGUAUUGGAUGCAUGUAAAAAAGAUGUAACUUUAAAAUUUAAUGAUAGUAACAAUUAACUCUGAAAUCUGGUCUAUUGUAACAUGUUAUGUUUUGGAUUACACAUUCUCAUUAAAGUACAAAUUAGUACUUGACCCACUCAGCAUUCGAGGCUGACUUUGUGUGCUGGCAACUGGGUGCCUUACUCUGAGAGUAUCGGUUCGAUACCUGAUGGGACUCUCCAAAUUGGUACUUUACUGAGAAAGUGUAAUCCCAAAACUUAUGUUAUAUUUGACCACUUGCCAUUCAUGGCUUAUUGUAUCUGCAACUAAAUAUUGUGAUGUGAUAAUGCAUUAGUUUACUGUUACACACCACCAGGUGGGAGGAAUUUUCAAGGUGGUCAAUUACGACAUACUUAAAAAAAUGUGUAGUCCAAAUUUCAUUUUAUUAUUGAAUUUAAUUGUUUCAUUUGACAAUGGACUUUGAUGUGACCUGUAUCCCUGAAUCAACUUGGUCCCGUUGUACAAAACAACCUUAACGCUAUGUCAAGUCUAUGUUAAGGUAUGGUCGUUACGACCACCUUAGCGCUAAGAUCACUUUGUACAACAGCACCCUGGUCUGUGAUGCAUGCUCUGUCAACAUAUUUGCAUGUAAAGUUAACCUUUUUGUGAUGCUAUACAGGGUUAUUUCACAAACAGUUGUGAGAAUUCUUUCCAUUUUGAUAUAUACAUGUACCAGUUUAUGAUGUAAAACUGACCUUGCUAUUACCCAAGGUCAUCUCUGAUUGGCAUUUUUCAGAAGUGAAUGACAAAUAAUUUGUUAUAAAGUCAAACUGGUUAUGAAGUCCAAGAACCUAAUUGACAAAACGUAGCAUUUUAGGGAGGUUGUACAUAUACUCAAACACUUCAUAUUUUAUUUGGUAGCGGGAUAUGUUCAGGGCAGUAACAAUUCACCCAUAUUGGUGCUUGGAUAAUGGCAGGAAAAUUAAUUAUGAAAUACAACUUUGUAACAUUGUAUGCAAGUCAUCUCUGAGGUGAGUCAAAUUUAUUUUAUUUGUUUUGGUAGGUUUCUAAUCAUUCACAGUGAUGGUGAAAGAUAACUCCUUAGCAUGGCAUGUCAAGUUGUCAUGCAUUAUAUCCUGAUACAACCUUAGGUGAAUUGUUACAGGCCUAGACAAUUUUCAUGUGAAUUCGCAGUUUCCCUUAGUUAGACUAACUUAGAGACUUAGAUGAUGAUACUGAAAACUAUGAAUUAAGAUGUAGAACAUCCUUUGACUUCAUCUUCCAUGGGUUGUUUAUGAUUUUUCAGUUAUUAUUUUAGUCUGUGCUAGUAACUUUUGAGACUACUAGCAGACUAGUCUGAAUCUGCUUUUUGAAGGCUUUUUCAGAAGAGUCUGGUUUUGACCUUUAGGUUCAGGGAUUUAUCUAGGAUUACAAACUAAGUGUUCUUGGCAGGCCUAUUGGGGAAAAAAGUUGUCAUUUUGUUCAGAAUCUCUUUUUGCAUUGUGUUUCAACUUUGUGUGUAAAAUUUCUAUUUGUUGGUCCUAUUAUUAGUGAAAUGUAAGUCACCUUGACCUUACCAUCAUGGUAGUUAUGACUAUAUUAACAUGGUUUGGGAAUUUCACCACCUUUGGGCUGCAUAUCAGCCUCUGAGCAGGCCUAGAUAAAUCCCUGGGACUGUUAUUAGGUGAGCUUACUAGAAUCAGUGUUUGGGACUUGGCAAUGUGCUAUGGUUACAGGCAAUACAUUUUUGUUCUUGAAGCUAGAGAUAUAUUGACAGAAACACAUUCCUGUAGAGUAGAGUCAAAAGUGAACUUCAUUUCGUUCAAUUUGUCUUCCCAAUUCUGUAAAUUGUACAAAUUAAAAUCAAUAAGCAAUGUUGAGGGCCUUCCAAGAGAUGUACUAUACUACAUGGGGCUGGGACGAGUCCAAAUUUACUACCCGGGUACCCACACCCCUAUUACCCAACCCAACCGGUAUCCCCUGUUGGUGUCAAGAGAGAGGUACAAAAUGUCCAAUUUGGAAUAGUUUGACCGUAGCCCUGGCAGAAUGUAUCUAGAUACACGUAUAAAAGGAUGUGGUCAGGCAUACACUGAAGUUGACUGAAGUUUUAGCUUUGUUCAAACAUGUAUUAGUCAGAAGGAUUGUGUUAAUAGUCAAAAGAAAUGCGAACAUUAGGGACUUAAAAUUGUCGUGUAACCAUGUAGUCUUAAAGUGAAUUUUUGUCAUGAAACAAUAUAUCACGUGACUAACCAUGGGUCCGGGUAGUCCUGUGGGUACCCAGCUCCUACUAAGUACACACCCGACCCGGGUACCCGAGUUACCCAUCCCAUCCCUAAUACUACACAAUACUUUGAUGAAAGAGGAUUAUUUUGGUCCUUGGCAAAUACAGAGUAGGGUAGUUGACAGAAGGUUACCGGUAGAUGAAAUUUCAGCGAGACUUUUGUCAUGUUUGUCUUUCAGAUUAUUUUUGUAGGUGCUAAAGGAGGUUCAGGUGUCUUGUUUAUUAUUUGCAUAUUUUGUACUUGAAAAACAAACAAUUUGCUUCUGUUUUGAUGCUAUUGAAUUUCAUGAUAAUGUCAAUGUGCCUUACGUAACCUAAAGUAUGUGCAAUUUGGAUUUUGUUUCAAAUUCCUUGUUUUAUAUAAUCUUGAUAAUGUUCAUGUAUUUUGUGGAAACAUGGUUACAUUAUUUGAGACAAGAGAUGCUAUGUUGCUGAAUUUUCAGCAUUAAACUUGUUGACCUUAGUAAAGGAUGUGUAAUCAUUUAGAUUUAUUCAUGUUGUUGUGGUUGAAAAUUUGACUCAAGAAACAGUGAAAUGUGUUUGUGAAAAGAAUUAUAUUAUGUGUACAGACUUUGGUAGUUAGUCUGUUGGCGGUGAUUUGAUGUGCUAUGUCAAUGAUUUUUUCAAUUUGGUCAUUCAAGCCGUUUGGUUGAAACCACAUGGGUGAUGAUGGUGAAGGCCAUUUGAAACCCAAGAUACAAGUAUCUUCCCUUGUGAAAAAACAGACUUAUGAUAUAAUAAUAUUAACAAUAAUAAUAACAAUAAUAUUGGCACAGAUACAUUAGUUCAAUACAUUAUUCUUAGUUAGUGCAGAUAUGUGUUUCUAUGCAGUUCACCAAGAGAAAUCCAGAAAGGAAAUCAUGCAAUAAUUGCUGGAUACUUAAAUGAUUUGUACAAACUUUGACUAUUAGUAUUUCCACAUGGUGCUACUGCCUUUAGCUUUGCAUGUUAUUUCUGUGUGGCAAAAAAUAUUAUAUUGCUGCAUCAAGCGUGUAUUCUGUAUAUGUAUAGUAUCCAAUAGAUGGCAUGAAAAUAGGUUUAAUGCAAAACACGUACAAAGCCUACUGUUGUCCUUUGUCCUGUGUGCUUCGAAUCUAAGGCAGGCCUUACAUGCUCAAGUAUGAUAACCAUUGAUAACAGGGCACCCAAAAGUAAAUGUGAAAGUUAUUUUGCUGCACUGACAUAACAUACAAGCUGUGGGUUUUUCAGGUCUGUGGAAAUACUCCUGGUUAAUCGGUGUAGACCUGUAAAGUACGCAAGUUGUGUCCUUGUCUCCAAACUUUAAUUACAGCAAUCAUUUAAAUCAUCUGUCAUUGUAACUUGUAAGACAUAAUUUAAGAUCUUGAUUAUAUAAUGUAAUACAUGACACUUAAUAUUGAAAUACAGCUUUAAAGUGACAGCAAUCUACUGCAUGUAUUACCAAUGAGAUUGUCCUCACCGGUGACCAUGGAGUCUCAUGUCAUACACACCAGUAUUGACCUUGGUGAGAAGAAAUAUGCUUCAAGUCUUUGAAUGGCAUUUAGGAGUGAUAUACAUAAGGGAGACCUUAUGGAUGUCAACUUUAUUAUGACCCCUUCAUCAGUUGAAUUAUCUUAAUAAUUAUGCUUGAUAAUAUUGUUUGUGACCACCAUCAAUACUUCAUGGUUUUGUGUAUGCAAUGUUCCUCCAUCACUGAUGGAUAUACAUGUGUAUUUUGCUGUGUUGUAGUGAUGCGUGUCGAUUUUCAGGCAAGUAAUGAAAUCAGGCUGUGUAUUACUCAAACGAGUCCUACUCAUUUUGGUAUGAACCCUAUCAUUGCCUGAUUCUGAAGCCAUGAAUGUGAGACAUGAAAUAUUGAGUCUGAUCUCACUGGUCUCCCUCUCUCUGAAACCAAGGCUGUCAAACAACUACUACACUGCAAAGCAUCUACAUAUAUAUUCAUGGAUGAUUGAGGAACAUUGUGUCUACACACCUGUGAAGUACAUAGGAUUGUUUGUGUUAUGAUGUUGGUGUGUGACAUUGUGAAGAAAUAUGCCAUCAUACUGUGGAUCCUGGAGUCUUCCCUAAAAAAUAUAUUCUUGCCUUGUAAACAAAAAGAAUACAAAUUCAAUCUUGUUUUCUUUUGGAUAAAGUAAUAAGAGUCACAACUUACAACACGGAUUUGUCAUGUUUUACUGAUGUAAAAGAAAAUCCGGACACUCAGUAAUAAUCAUUGCAUUUGAUGAAAAAUGAUUCCUCUUGAACAAAAAACAAAUGUCCCCAAGUUUGAUACUGAAUCAUUCAGUGUUACUCUGUGAUUUUCUACUUUUGUUGUGAUGUUUUGAAACUGACGAACAUGCACAUUUUCCAAAAACUUUCCUGCUAUGAUAUGCUUUUGCUUAUGCAGUUUAUGUUACCUAUGCUCAUGUGUUACCUUAAUUGUUUUACAACAAUUGAUAGAUCUUUAACUGUGAUAUCGAUGAUGGUUUGCGCUAUUUCUGACAUAAUAGGAUCUGUUUUCUUACACUGUACAGUACCAUAUUAUAAUGAUUUAGCUUGGCUCACAAACACUUUUAUUCUUGUAAUUAAAUUGAACCAUUUACCUUGA